AUGCCCAAUGAGUCUCUCGCUAGACUCUCUGAGAUGCAUGGUCCGCUCAUGGCGCUGCAGCUCGGCUUCAUCACCACCGUGGUGGUCUCGUCGGCUGAGAUGGCCGAACAGGUGCUCCAUAAGCACGACCAGGCGUUUGCGGGCCGAACCGUCAGAGACGUUGUCACCGUGUUCGACUACCACCACCACUCGCUGGUGUUUAGUCAGAACGGGACAAGAUGGAGAGAGCUGAGAAGGAUCUGCAACAUGGAGCUGUUCACGCCCAAGAGACUGGACAUAUUAGCAGGCGUCCGGCAAGAAAAGGUUCAAGCCCUUCUCCGGCAUGUUCACAAGGCCUGUGCGGCCGGUCAUUCAGUCGAUAGCGGCUUGUGUGCGUUUGGAACCACCCUGAACUUGGUGGCAAACACCAUCUUUUCCAAGGACGUGGUGGAUCUCGAGUCGGAGUCGGCGGGAGGGUUCAAGAACUUGUUGUGGGAGAUUUUAGACCUCAACGCAAAGCCAAACCUUUCCGACUUCUUCCCGGCGCUCAGGUGGGCCGAUCCUCAAUGUCUGCGGCGUCGAAAUACAACUCUUAUAAAGCGGUUGUAUGAUGCGUUUGACCAAGUGAUCGACAAGCGCAUGGAGUCGGAUGCAGCUGCAAAAGGAGGGGAGAAGAAGAAGCAUGGUGAUUUGUUGGAAGUGCUUGUUGAACUCACCAGGGAGCCAAGCUCAGGGUUCACCAGGGAGAAUAUCAGGCCUUUGUUAACAGACGUGUUCAUUGGUGGAAGUGACACAACUUCUACCACCAUAGAAUGGGCCAUGACUGAACUGCUUCGACACCCAGACAAGAUGUCCAUAGCGCAGCUUGAGCUGAAAAGGACCAUCGGCUCAGAACGUCAUGUGAAGGAGUCUCAUAUCCAGCACCUCCCUUACUUACAAUCACUGGUGAAGGAGACCUUGCGGUUGCACCCGCCUGUUCCUCUUCUCGUUCCACAUAGCGCAGAUGUAACUACAGAGGUAGCUGGCUUCACCAUCCGAAAGGAUUUUCAUUUCAUCCCUUUUGGCGCCGGAAGGAGGGACUGCCCCGCCAUCCCUUUAGGGGUCCGCAUGGUUCAUCUGAUGUUGGCUUCUCUUCUCCAUUCAUUUUCAUGGAAUCUCCCACAUGGGAUGGGCCCCGAGCAACUGGAUGUGAAAGCCAAGUUUGGCUUAACUCUGCAGAAAGCUAUACCUCUCAAAGCGUUCCCUUCUCCACGGUCCUUUGAUGGCCUGGAAUAA